AUGUACUAUCAAAAUCCCAUCGACUACAACAGCCAGACGAGCUCCCCAAUGCCAAAUCAAGGUGUUCUCCCACCCGAAGUCAUGAGCCGCCCAUAUGACAUGGAGGAGCGCCGGAGCGCGCCAAGUCCCCCAGAGUUUCAGCAUUUCGGCAGCUACGGCGUUUCCGGGAGCCAUUCCGCUUCCGAUACUCCAUCAUCCUACUACUACCAUAAUCCUGUGGUGAGGCACGAGCCAAAUGCCUAUCCCCUUGGGCUCCAUCCCGAGGGCUCGCGCCCUCUGGUAUCUCUGCCUCUGCUAGGGCAGCCGCAAGCGACUCAGUCUCGACAGCCUCGGCAGCGUGGCGAAGAAGUGAUGGUGCUGCCAGACAAUGUGGCAGCACCUAAAGCUCCAUUCAGAGACACACCCUCGAAACGGGCAGCGCAGCCCUCUAGGGUUCGAAAACGCCCUGCCCGCAAGGGCAGCAGCGGCUCACGGACCUUUGGGGUAGAAGCAGCCUCCGCUGCAGACCACCUAGACUGCCAUGGAGAGGAGCGCCAGCCGCUGUUAAACCCAGACACGCCUGAGGAGGAGAGGCUGAUCAUGGACCUGCGUUGGCGUUACCGAAACUCCAAAGGACAGGACAUGUGGGACUCCAUCCAGAGAGAAUACCACAGGGCGUUCCAGAAGGACUGCCCCAAGGAGCAACUCCAGAUGAAGUACAAACGCGCUCGAGCACGGUAUUUUCAAUGGCAAGAACGCGACAUCCAGCUUCUAGUGGAGGCAUACUUGGAGGUGGAGCGAAGCCGCUACAGUAGGAUUCUGGAGAAAUUCCUCGAACGAGGCGGAUCUCGUAACAUGCAGCUCAGUGCCAGCGACAUUGAGGCCAAACUGGUCAACGGCCUCAAGCUGGAAGAAGGCCUCUACAUUGAUCAUCCUGCAAAAUCCUCCCUCAAGGUACGCAGGCGACGCAAGCUCAGCGCGCGCGCGCGCCAGGGCAAGCCCGGGGACAAUUCGGCGGCGAUGCUUCGAGAGGAAACCUCUCUGCCCGGGUUGCGCCAGGCUACAGAUCCAGAAGAGACGCUUCAUCAGAUCCAAGAGCGCGAUGCCCAGGCAGCAAAUGGAUCUUGGCCCGGGGCCUCUGGCUUGAGCCCGGGCAUGACAAGUUGCCAUGUGCAAAGUAUGGGACAGGCAGCAGUCCCUCUUCAGCAUGGCGAACGUGCUGACUUCCCGGGCAAAUCCAACAAGCGAGGCCCCCCUCGACGAUCGACGUGA